AGCGGCAAAAUCGCCGAACGGAUAAACCUCGUCCUGCAGCCGCCAAGUUGGCUUGGAGUUCAUGUCUCAAGUCCAACCCCGCCGGAGACAAACCGACGUCAAUGGAAAAUCGUUCGUUAUGAUCAUCAAGGGGCUGUUUAGGAGGUAUGAGAGGUGGAACCCUGUGCACCCGACUCUGGGGACCUUCUGGGGCAUGGGGAUUGGCCUCGGAUGCGGCGUCGGAUGGGGGCCGGGGUUUGGGCCGGAGGUCGUUGGCUAUGUUGGGGCUGGCUGUGGUGUGGGAUUUAGCGUCGGCAUUACUCUGGCUGGCGUUGGUAUUGGCCUUCCAAAAAAUGGCCUCAUCCAAAUCCCAUUCAAUGGUAGCGGUUCUUUGGAGUCUGCAAGAUCAUAUGCACUUACAACUGUGAAGAGUGUGGCUGAGGAUGGUAUGAACUAUGUUGCACCUCAUGUAUCUUUUUGGAGGAAGGAAACUAGUGGAAGGCUCUCAAGAUUUAAGACAAAUAUUCACUUUGAGCACGGAGUUGAAUUAACCAAGCUGAGCAAAACUUUUUCUAUGCAUAUUCAGUCAACUUUGGAAUGUUUUGAAGCUUUCAAAGAUAAGUGCUGGCCUGCUAGGAAAGAUACAUGAGCAACUUAAUAGAAUUUUCAUACUCUGCUGAUUCCUGUACCAUUAAUUAACUAACAGUUUUUUUCCCCUGUGACACCACUUACUGUAAAAAUGGGACUUCAGUGGUUGUCCUCCAGCCGUUGCUUAGUUAGCAUGAUUUUUUUUCCUUCUCCAAUACUAGGUUGUGAUCUAUUUAUAGAUGAAGUGGGUCAAGCUGAAAAGAACUUCAGUAUUGUGUGCA